AUGGCACAUGCCGCCCGUCCCUCUUUCCUCAUAUCACCAUAGCGCCCCGCUCCCUCCCACAGGUACACACCGAUCCCACUCCUACCCACAGAGCAAUUCCUCCUCCGCGUGCUCCACGCCGACGAUCUCGUCUCGAGGGCGGAAACGGAAUGGACGCCUCGUCCGUGGCGCUGUACGGCCAGCUCAAGGCUGCUCAGCCGUUCUUCUUGUUAGCUGGGCCCAAUGUGAUCGAAUCAGAGGAGCAUGUGAUGAAGAUGGCAAAACACAUUAAGGCCAUUACAACCAAGCUUGGGGUGCCUCUUGUGUUCAAAUCUAGCUUUGAUAAAGCAAACCGUACAUCGUCGAAAUCCUUCCGUGGCCCUGGUCUGGAAGAAGGCCUGAAGAUCCUUGAAAAGGUGAAGAUGGCGUAUGACAUUCCAGUGGUCACUGACGUGCAUGAAAGCUGGCAGUGUGAAGCUGUUGGAAGAGUUGCUGAUAUUAUACAGAUCCCAGCUUUCCUCUGUCGCCAGACUGAUCUUCUAGUGGCUGCCGCUAAGACUGGGAAAAUUAUCAAUAUCAAGAAAGGACAAUUCUGUGCUCCUUCAGUUAUGGCGAACUCUGCCGAGAAAAUUAGACUGGCUGGAAAUCAAAAUGUGAUGGUCUGUGAGCGUGGCACCAUGUUUGGCUACAAUGAUCUAAUUGUUGACCCAAGGAACUUUGAGUGGCUGAGGGAAGCAAAUUGCCCGGUUGUAGCUGAUGUAACACAUGCUCUACAACAACCAGCUGGGAAAAAGCUUGAUGGUGGUGGGGUUGCAAGUGGGGGCUUACGAGAACUUAUACCAUGCAUCGCAAGGACUUCUGUUGCAGUUGGUGUUGAUGGUAUUUUCAUGGAGGUACACGAUGAUCCUGUGAAUUCACCAUGCGAUGGGCCAACUCAAUGGCCAUUGCGCAAUCUCGAGGAGCUACUGGAGGAACUGAUUGCGAUUGCUCGAGUCACCAAGGGAAAGAAGCAGUUCAAUAUCGAUCUAACUCCAUUCAAGGAAUGAUCUGGCACGGUAGAUGGCAAAAGGCUCACCUUCUCACUGCCCAAUGUUGUUAUAUGGGGAGAGAAUCACUCUUUGUAUGCCACAUUUUCAUCCACCAGCAGCUUCUGCUACUUUAGUUGGACUCCCUCUAUUUGUUUCUUUUUGAAGCAUAAGCUUUGCAGCCGUAGAUCAUUGUUUCCACUGCUGAAUUGCUCCUAGUCAAAGACAAUGUGUUAUGUUUGUCGCUUCGGAAAAUUUUACUUAACGGAAUAAAGGAGAAAGAUU